AUGAUGCGUGGUUUUAAGCAAAAGUUGAUAAAGAAAACUACAGGAUCGUCGUCGUCGACUCAGAAGAAGAAGGACAAGGAGACGGGGAAAAAGCCGGGGAGCGCCAAUGGCGCGGCAGGGGCCGUGGGCGGGAGCGGGGGCCGGGCGACGGUGGACAAGAAGGAGCAGAAGGGCUCCGGGGCGAAGCAGCCGAAGGCCAAGGACGCGGGCAAGUCUGGGGCGGGCGCGGCGCCCAAGGUGAAGGUGGCGGCGAAGAAGGAAGAGCGCUCAUACCCGACGAUGAUUGCGGCGGCUGUGUCGCCGGGGAGCACGUCCGGGCCGCCGUCACCCAAGGAGGCGGAGGCGGCGUCGCCCAACGGCAUCGACAUCCCGCGGUCGUCGCACUCGUUCGAGCGGCUACCCACGCCCACGAAGCUGAACCCCGACACAGACCUUGAGCUGAUCAAGACGCCGCAGCGGCACUCGUCGUCGCGGUUCGAACCGUCGCGGUACACACAGAUUUCCAAGUUGCCGGGGUUUGACGACGUGCCGCCGGAGGAGCAGAUUUCUCUAUUCAUAGCGAAGGUCGACCAGUGCAAUAUCAUGUUUGACUUCAGCGAUCCGAGUUUUGACAUCCAUGGGAAAGAGAUCAAACGCAUCACGCUGCAGGAGCUAAUUGAGUUUAUCGUGACCAACCGGUUCACGUACACGGAGGAGAUGUACGGGCACGUCGUAAAUAUGUUCAAGGUUAACCUUUUCAGGCCCAUCCCGCCGCCUGUGAAUCCGAUUGGAGACGUGUACGACCCCGACGAAGACGAGCCGGUCAACGAGCUGGCCUGGCCGCACAUGCAAUGUGUCUAUGAGUUCUUCUUGCGUUUCGUGGAGUCGCCAGACUUCAACCACCAGAUUGCAAAGCAGUUCAUUGACCAGGAGUUCAUUCUAAAGCUCCUCGAGCUAUUCGAUAGCGAAGAUAUCCGCGAACGGGACUGCCUCAAAACCACGCUUCACAGGAUCUACGGCAAGUUCUUGUCUCUCCGGUCGUUUAUCCGCCGCUCCAUCAACAACAUUUUCCUUCAGUUUGUCUACGAGACAGAGCGUUUUAAUGGUAUUGCAGAGUUGUUGGAGAUCCUCGGUUCCAUCAUCAACGGAUUCGCAUUGCCGUUAAAAGAAGAACACAAGGUAUUCCUUGUCCGCAUCCUAAUUCCAUUGCAUAAAGUUCGCUGUUUAUCGCUCUAUCACCCCCAGUUGGCAUACUGUAUUGUGCAGUUCUUAGAGAAAGAGCCGAUGCUGACCGAGGAAGUCAUUAUGGGUUUGCUACGCUAUUGGCCGAAAGUGAAUUCUACCAAAGAAAUUAUGUUUUUGAAUGAAAUCGAGGAUAUCUUUGAAGUCAUUGAACCGCUAGAGUUCAUUAAAGUUGAAGUGCCUCUAUUUGUCCAGCUAGCAAAAUGCAUCUCCUCACCACAUUUCCAGGUGGCAGAGAAGGUGCUCAGUUACUGGAAUAACGAAUACUUUCUAAAUCUAUGCAUUGAAAACGCAGAGGUAAUCCUGCCUAUCAUUUUCCCCGCGCUGUAUGAGUUGACCUCCCAGUUAGACUUAGACUCUCAAACCGAUGAAGAGGGCAAUCCAAAUCAGGACCCCUACAUGCUAGUUGAGCAAGCCAUAAACUCCGGUUCAUGGAAUCGGGCUAUUCAUGCAAUGGCUUUCAAAGCAUUAAAGAUAUUUCUCGAGACAAACCCGGUUCUCUAUGAGAAUUGCAACUCUCUCUACCUUUCGAGUCUGAAGGAAUCCCAAAAGCGCCGUGAGAAGCGCGAAGAAAACUGGAACAAGCUACAGGAGUAUGUAAGGAACUUGCACAUCAGCAGUGUAGAUAAUCCUGUCGCGGUAGACAGGAUAGGGACGGGGGAUCUUCAUUAA